AUGUGUCAUGUCAUCGUCACGUGCCGUUCACUGCUUUGGACUCUCCUGAGCAUCGUGGUCGCAUUCGCCGAGCUCGUUGCCUUCAUGAGCGCCGACUGGCUGAUCGGAGACCCUCAGAGUCCAAACGCCAACGUCUCCUCUGUGUCCUCCCCAAAGGCCUCAAGACCCACCCUGGGCAUCUACAGUCGAUGCCUCUCCCUGUCCCAGUGGAAAGGGGUUCAGUGCGGCCCGUAUGCAGACACCUUCUGGGAGAUCGCUAGUGGUUUCUGGCAGGCGGCGUCUGUGUUUUUGGCCACUGGCAUCCUGCUGUUGUGCAUGGUGGGGAUCCUUUCCAUCUUCAGUUUAUGCUUUCAGAGCAUCAUGAAAAAGAGCAUCUUUAACAUAUGCGGCUUGUUGCAGGGUUUCGCAGGUCUGUUUCUGAUGCUCGGGUUGAUUCUGUAUCCCGCUGGUUGGGGUUCCGAUAAGGUUGUCCACUACUGCGGUUCUGAUGCCUCUCUGUUUAAGGUGGGCACGUGCUCACUGGGUUGGGCUUUCUACACGGCCCUAGGUGGCACCGUUCUCACCUUCGUCUGCGCUGUGUUCUCCGCCCAGGCCGAAAUCGCCACCUCCAGCGAAAAAGUGCAGGAUGAGAUAGAGGAGGGAAGAAGUCUAAUUUGUGUGCUGUGA